AGCACUUUUCUUCUUCUUAAAUCGAUAUUUUAAAAGAAAAUGGACGACUCAACGCCGUACCCUGUUCCUCAAGAACUUUAUAUUCCCCAAAAAAUGAAGGCAUUCAUGGCAGAACCUCAAGGAUGCGCUCUGGUUGCAGCUCUUGAAGGACAGUUUCAAUGCUCCAUAGUUGUAAUCAACGAUCAUCUCUCUGUGAUCAGCAGUGCUGAUGGUGUCGCAGUGGACAUAAAUCAAAUUGAAAAAAUCUUACGGGACGUAUGGCGAAAGAGAGAUGUUCAAAUUAUGAUACGAGAGGCUGCCCUCAAUGCAUCUUGUACACACAUUUGUCAUACUCUUCUACCACGGGCAUACUGUGCUGUUGUUCUCUUCUUCUCUUCUGAUUUGCAACGGAGAUCCCGCUGCACUGAUAUUAUCAUUGACCAGUUCACUGGCAAGGUAACAAUGUUCGGAACUGAGCAAGCUGUCAAUAAAGCGAGAGAGAUGAUGAUAGAAUGUUUGACAGAACAUUUCGGUCUUCUGGAAAUGAAUAUUCCGCCUACACAACGAACCACACGAAUGGGCUACACAAAUUCGUACAAUCCGGAAAUUCGAACACACCUCCCACCAAAUAGCUUUCUGAACUCAGUGUUUCCGAUGGGCGAGCCGAACGCGAUAUUGACAUCGACACCGCCGACGACGUCUAUUAUGGAUGAACCUCUUCUUUCCGCAAGCCUAGAGAAGCACCUCCUUUUCCCAUCGGAUUUUUCGGUUCCACCUCCAAGGCUUUCUCCAGUGCAAGAGCUUCCUUUAACCCCACCAAAAACAUGCGUUGUCGAAAAAAUCAAGCAAUGGAUUCCAACCACGGAAGUAGGAAAAAUAUUAGGAAAUCGUGCUGCAGUGAAAAAGCAUAUCGAGAGACAAUUCAAUUGCGUUAUUACCGUUCACACUGAAGUCCAGUCUUCAUUCGGAGCUACACCGGUAGAAAUCGUGGCUCAGAACAAAGAACAAUGUCAGGAAGCACGCAAUGCAGUUAUGUCCCUCAUGCAAUCACACCAGGACAAACCUGCUUCAAAUCCUCCCGAUUCUGGGUUCAGUACGCCUGGAUCUCCAUUCACUUCAGAUAGUUCUUCAACAACUCCCGAGAAGCGUGGUAAUUCGAGACAAUAUCAUCGCGGCAGUUUCCGUGAUCAGCCAAAGGUGAUGCUUGCAUUGACACCACGUAAACUUUCCCCGUCUGAUUAAUACCUGUGAUAUUCGUUCCUUGUCCCCUCUAUAUCAUGCACCCUAUUUUUCUUCUGAUAUCAUUUUUCAUGUGGAUGCCAAACUCUGUUUCAUUUCAUUUAUUAGUUCCUUUUGCUUGCUCAUGUAUUUUGUUUUCUAGAUUAAUCCUGUGAUGCUUUGUGUAAAAUGCUGAUUGCCUUGUUCGUUGUGUGUUAUUAAUAAAAACUUCUUCUUCUU